GAGGCCACGCCUCUUCCGGCCCGGAGCGUUGCCUCCGCGUGUGCUUAAACGCGUUACUGGCCCCGGCUGUUUCAGUUAUUGGGCUUGGCGUCUGGAGAGGCGAGAUGGCGGCGGAGGUGUUGCCGAGUGCCAGGUGGCUGUACUGUGGAGAGCCCGACGAGAGCCAGAGAGCUCUACUGGUCCAGUUCUCCAACGGGAAGCUGCAGAAUCCAGGCAACAUGCGCUUUACCUUGUACAAGAGCAAUGACUCCACAAACCCCAGAAAGAGGAGUCAGCGGAUCCUGGCAGCUGAAACAGACAGACUUUCCUAUGUGGGAAACAAUUUUGGGACUGGAGCCCUGAAAUGCAACACUCUCUGCAGGCACUUUGUGGGAAUUUUGAACAAGACCUCUGGCCAAAUGGAAGUAUAUGAUGCUGAAUUGUUCAAUAUGCAGCCGCUGUUUUCCGAUGAAUCAGUUCAGAGUGAAUCGACACUAGAGAGUCACACCAAAUCUUUUAGAGAAAAGAUGGAUUCUUGCAUUGAAGCCUUUGGUACCACCAAACAGAAGCGGGCUCUGAACUCCAGGAGAAUGAACAAAGUUGGCAGUGAAUCUUUGAAUAGUGCAGUGGCUAAAGCUGCAGAGAGUAUAAUUGAUACAAAGGGUGUGACUGCCCUGGUCAGUGACGCCAUCCACAAUGACUUGCAGGAUGACUCCCUCUACCUCCCUCCCUGCCACGCUGAUGCAGCCAAGCCUGAAGACGUGUAUAAAUUUGAAGACCUUCUUUCCCCUGCGGAGUAUGACGCUCUUCAGAGCCCAUCUGAAGCUUUCAGGAAUGUCACCUCAGAAGAAAUACUGAAGAUGAUUGAAGAGAACAGUCACUGCUCCUUUGUCAUAGAAGCGUUGAAGUCUUUGCCAUCAAGUGAGGAGAGCCGAGACCGCCAGGCCCGGUGCAUAUGGUUUCUGGACACUCUCAUCAGAUUUCGAGCACAGAAAGUGAUUAAGCGGAAAAGUGCCCUGGGACCUGGAAUUCCCCACAUCAUUAACACCAAACUGCUGAAGCAGUUUACCUGCUUGAUCUACAACAAUGGCAGUUUGCGGAACUUAAUUUCAGACUCUAUGAAGGCAAAGAUCACCGCCUAUGUGAUCAUACUGGCUUUGCACAUAAACAGCUUCCAGAUUGACCUGACAGUGUUACAGAGGGACUUGAAGCUCAGUGAGAAAAGGAUGAUGGAGAUAGCGAAAGCCAUGAGGCUGAAGAUCUCUAAAAGAAGGGUUUCUCUGGCAGUGGGCAGGGAGGAGGAUCACAAACUGGGCACCCUGUCCAUCCCACUGCCCCCAGCCCAGGCCUUGGACCGUCAGUCAAAGCGGAGGAAAAUCACCUAGAGGUGUGCUUUCCAGACAGAGCAUUUUGGCCACAUCAUAGCCACUCCUUGUAUCCAUUUGCAUUUUUAUUUGUAAAGAAAGAGGGAUAAAGAAGCCGUGCUUUGGCACGGGUAUGAAGCCAGAAGCCAGCAUCUCAGUUGUGCUGGUCUCAAGCAGAAAUAUAAAGUGUUGGCCCUAUUGGA